GGUUUCCCGGCGCAGCCAGUCGGUCGUCUGUGCGCGUCCUCGUGAAAGAGUGUAUUCCGAGGUGUUCAUCAUCUCGAUCAUUCUGAUCUUUUUAAACCCUUAACAUGGAUUGUUCCGAAGAGCUGCAGUCACUUUCGGAUGAAACUGGCACUCCGGUGGAGUUGAAGAAGGGAAUGUCAAUCUUUUUAGACAUCCUGAGAAGAGCAGAUAAAAAUGAUGACGGGAAGCUGUCUUUUGAAGAGUUUAAGGCUUAUUUCUCAGACGGAGUUCUGUCAGGAGAUGAACUAAAGGAGCUUUUCCACAAGAUUGAUACGCAUAAUACAGACAAUGUGGACACAGAAGAACUAUGCGAAUACUUCUCUCAGCAUCUUGGAGAAUAUGAAAAUGUCCUGGGCGCUUUAGAAGACCUGAACGUCUCUAUAUUGAAGGCUAUGGACAAAACCAAAAAAGAUUACCAAGAGGCCACACAUCUGGAGCAGUUUGUGACUCGGUUUUUGCUGAAGGAGACAACCAGCCAGCUACAGUCUCUUCAGAGCUCGCUGGAGUGUGCCAUGGAGACCACAGCUGAGCAGACACGCCAGGAAAGACAAGAUAUCUGGCAGGCCCCCGUGAAGCCUGAUGUGCUGUCGAUUCAAUGGUCAGGAAGGCGAUCCAAUCGAAGACUCCAACGGAAUAACAGCUUGUCUCCAAACAACCCACUUCUUAGCCUCGUCAAUUCAGGUGUGUAUGAGGAGGACGGGCAGUGGAUGACCCAGAUAAACAGACUGCAGAAGCUGAUUGAUCGCCUCGAGAAGAAGGAGCUGCGUCUGGAACCCGUAGAAGAGGAGGUCUCCGAAGGCUCCACCAAAUCGCACAUCCUGAUAGUGCAGAGGCAGCUGUCCGUGAUGGGGGAUGAGCUGGAGGAGUUCCGCUUGGCUCUGCGGCAGUACGUCGACUGUUCCAGCGUCCAGACAGGCAGCCUCCACGUUGCGGUUCAGCGGAUCGCUAAUGAGUCUCGCUUCAUACUAUAUGAGUUCUGGGAGCACACCAUUUUGUGGAAGAAUCAUUUGCAGACAAACUACAGCAAAACCUUUCAGAGGGCGAACGUGGAUUUCUUGGAAACGCCAGAGAUCACGACAACCAUGCUGGUACCAGCUUCGUGGUGGGUCCUGAACAACAACUAGCGACGCAAUAACGAAGCACGCUCGAAAACGGCGACCUAGUUUAUCAUCGCUGUGUCUCUGUCCUCCGACGGAGCAGUGUCGUGUUAUCACUUCCUGUAAAGUUGUGGUGAAAAUCGUAUCGGGUGUCCAUGCUCCGUCAUCUUUAGCUCUCGUGUCCAUUUCUAGACAGUACUCUAGUCACAUUCUUUGUUCGUGUCUUUGAUUUGUUGUUUGCUGCAGGUUUUUGUACGGGGAAGUACGGCAGGUUGUGCGCAAUUACAUUGAUAAGCACUGCAUGAUGCGCUCGUGCUUUGUGGGUGGACAUCAGACAGUGGUACUAUUCUGAGCUUGUCAUUUAAUUCUGUAAGGCACGACUUGUCGUCAACCGAGCUUGCCACGUUCGUGAUGUUAAGAGACAAAGGAAAUAAAAUACCACAGUCAAUUCCACUGGGUUUUUAUCCUCAGGCCGUACACCUUCACUAUCCCAUGGGUUGCCAUUUUUUUCAAAUAAGGUAGCAUACAAAUGGUAGUCAAUAAGUUGCUAGCGUUGGACUACGCUUUAAUUGCAAACCUCUGUUGGAAUCACAAAGAUUACUUCAGAGCCCUUUUCUGACAGUCAUUACCGCUGGAUCAUGAUACAAAAUUGGCUGUCUAAAUGAGAUAAAAGACCCUUACCCUGACCUCUCAAUCAGAGUGACCCCCCGCCAAAAGCCCUGAGCUCAUGUGCAUGGGUGGUAUUAGCCUAGAUUUUAAAGCCAUUCCAGUGUCUUCACAGCACAAAAGGUUCCAAAGGUAGUAGAGUCGCAUAUUUACGAGGUGGUAUCAAAAAAAGUUUGACAGAUGGCAGCACAAGGCUGCACGCACAAUCACCGGGAGCACCGAACUUGAUAAUUCAGUGGUAAAAGACAUCGCCCUAUGUACAUCCGGAGCUGUGCAACUGGUGCUAUUCUGCAUUAUCACAUCACCGAGCUCCCCUCACACGAGUUUCUCGCUGGAAACAACACAAUCUCACCCCACUCGCCAGAUUUGGCUCUUGUUGACGUCGCCCUCUUGCCAAAGAUGAAGAUCCAGCGCAAAGUUUGCCGUUUUGACACCGUUGCAGAGAUCCAGCACAAAUUGCAGAAGGCGCUUCAGACAGAAUCUUCCAGGACACAUUCCAGAAGUGUCAGGAAUGCUGGAAGCGCUGUAUUGCUGUGUAAGGGGAAGGUGAUUGUGUGUAAAUGUAGAUAAAUUAAGUAUUUUUUUGUACAUGGAACUAGUCUUAAAACUUUGUUGACCUACAUGACCUCUAGUGAUAUAGCAGAGGGCAGUUAUUGGCAUAGAAUGAGCAGCAGUUCAAUCUUAAAGUAAUGGUUUGGCCUUUACUGUCCCUUGAUUGUAGCUGUUGUGUGACUGAGAAAGGCUAGUUAGAGCUACAGUAGCUAGAAAAUAGAACAGACGAACGAACAAAUAGGAGUAUAACAAAUAUGGUUUAAAACAAAUCAAGGGCACAGAACUGACUUAAUUUCAUUCAAACGUCAACUAAAAAUGCCCAAAUCUUUAUUAAUAGGCACAAAUAUGACUCCACAUAUGUUUCAGAGCUAAUAAUGUGUUCUUUAUCUUGAAUAGUACAAAUAUUAUCUUAGGGCAAACAGGAAACGAGUUCUCUAACUAUCUAUCUAUCUUGUAAUUGCUAUCCUGUAUCAUUGUGCUUCAUCUGUGCAAUAAACUGCGAUUAAGCCGAAAUACAAACCCCGGGUUUUCGAUACCUCGAACAAAGCGAGCUGGCGUUUGCUGACCAGCACCUCAUCAAUCUGUGACUCAGCGCUACAGUGAGUGUGAUCUGGAAUGUCCUGUGUGCUCGUAGCUAGACUGUGUACUGUACGUGUCAGCGCUAUUACAUAAGUGCUUCCAUAUGUAGCAGUACUUGUGACUUUCAACCCCGAUCAACUCUGAUGACCACAAGUUCUUCCCUACACGGUUUCGGUGUAAAAAUUCUUGACAGUUGAUGUAUUUUAUGGAGUCCGUCUAUUGUGAAUAAAGAUAACGAUACGGUCAA